GACGUCAUUGCAGACAUGCGCAGUCGGGUCUGUCAGCAGCUUUGUGGAGGAGCUACGUGCUAGCUGCGCCGCUAAUCAGCAAGCAUUUCCUGCCAGGGACUGGACACAGCUAUGGAUAUCGACUCCGUGCUGGAAGCGUUUCAAGAUUUUGAGAAGAAGGGGAAAAAAGAAAUCUGUCCUGUUUUAGAGCAGUUCUUGUGUCAUGUUGCCAAGACGGGACAACCAGUGAUCUCGUGGUCACAGUUUAAAAUAUACUUCAUGUUUAAGUUGGAAAAAGUCAUGAACGACUUUCAUGCUUCAACACCGGAACAGAGAGGACCACAUAACUCCAAUGUUGAGUAUGUUCCCUUUGAAGAAAUGAAAAAAAGGAUCCUAAAGAUUGUUGAUGGUUACAAUGGAACUCCAUUCACCAUCCAGCGUCUGUGUGAAUUGCUUACGGAUCCUAAGCGACAUUAUACAGGUACAGACAAGUUUCUCCGAGGUUUAGAAAAGAAUGUAAUGGUCGUCAGCUGUGUUUACCCCACAGACAAAAAUGGAGCAUCAAGCGUAAACAGAAUGAAUGGGGUGAUGUUUCCGGGUAACUCCUCUCUCUAUUCAGACAGUCGAAAUGUGAACGGGCCAGGCACACCAAAAACACUCAACAGACCAAAGCUGCCAAUGUCGACUUCACUACCCACUAAUGGACUGCCUGACUGUCCAGUCAGCAAAGAGCCAGACCCAACUGCCGAGGUGGAGGAGCACCGUAUGAGUGAAACUUUGCCAUCAGAAGAUGAGAUAAAACCCAGAUGUUCAAUAAAAAACAAACGCCCAGAGAAAGAGGAGGACACCGACGACAACAGCCAAGAAGCCAAGAGGCUGAAGUUUGAUGUAAAAGAAGAGGAUGAACUAAAAAGUGAAGAAAAUGAGUCGUCUUGUCAUAAAGAACUAGAGAACAAGACACAGGAGUCAUCCGAAGACUCCUGUGAUGAGCAGUGCAAAAGUGACAAAUCUUGUGACACACCUAGUGAUACAGAGACUCCUGAGCAAAACGGCCUGCAAACUGAACCAGCCCAGAAGGAAGGAGACUCCGCUGAGAGUGUGGCUGCCCUCAGUGUCACCGGUGUCAGCUCUGAGGAUCAGCCUGAGCAGCCGGAUCCAUCAGAGACGAACACAAGCUCUGAGCAGGACAAUGAAGAGUGCACCAGCAGCAGCUGUGAUGGAGCGAGCUCAACCAGAGAUGGACAGGUUUCUUCUUCCAGUAAUUCCCCAGACUUGCCCACAGAGGGUGGUGCUGACAUUUCAGACAAUGCUGAGACCUCGUUAGAGCUCGGGGAACACGACUAACCAGAAGCUCAGCAUACUUUGACUUUUUUUUUUUUUAUUACACUGUAUGAUACCAACCCAAGGGUAUAUCUGUAGCACUGUGGACCUUUAGGCAUCAGGACCAAAAGUGACAUGGGUUAUGAGACUCCUUACAGAAGGAUCUAAAGCUCUCUUCUGUUUCAGCUUCUCGUGGCUACUGGUCAGCUGGUCUUUAAACUGGAAGGAGAUUAUUUGAAAAAGAUCAUGGAGACUGCCUUUUUCACUAUUAACAACAACAAAAAAAAGUUUUCUUUAUUUCUAUGUUUGAACUUAUUUAAUGUUGAUAAUGUGUCUUUGUAUGUCAUUUGUCAUUUAUUUCCAAGGAGAUCCAUUUGACAGAAUUGUGUUUUAGCCUAAGCACAGUAGUUUUAAUUUUUUUAAGGAAGCCAUCUCGUUCUAGGUGAAUGAGGUCAUUGCAGAUAUGAAGCAAAACCUCAUGGAUGUCUGUGUUUUAUAUGAAGCACAUACCAUAUAUAAAUAUAUAUUUCUUACCUUGCACUUACUAGCAUCCACCCCUUAAGACGUGCAAAAAGUUGUUUUGCUUUGUCACUGUAAGAAGCCAAUUUAACACAGCUGU